AUCGCUAUUUCUACUGAAACUUCAUGUUCUAACGAUCAAGACUGUUUUCCUUCCGGGGGGAGGAAAUGCUGCUUCGGCAAAUGUUCUGGGAGAAAGUAUUGUGGAAACUAUUGCACUUACGACGGAGAUUGCGACAUUUCGAAGCAAGAAAACUGCACUGGAAACAAGUGUACGACAGAAGUCGGGACUUUAAAACCUGGGCGUUGUCAACAUAGUUAUGAAUGCAACAACUUGACAGAAAUUUGCGUGCAAGGAGUGUGUAAGGAAAUCAAAGGUGUUGCUACGAUGGUUCCCAAAUCGGGCGGCGGCACGAACUCUGGGAGCAUUAACUCAUUGACAGCUGUUCUGGCGGCAACCAUUAUUCCAGCAGUUAUUGUGAUAGCUUUGAUUUUUGGCGUGUGCUUUGCAAACCACAAAAUUCGAGCAAUUCAAAGAAGGCCAAGUCAUGCGAGUGACGAGGAAAACAUAGAAACGUGAAGAGCAUUCUGAGUGCACCACCCCUCCUCCCUUAGGUUUCAGAGGAGGGGUCCCUCCGUCGCAAGCUCUACCGUUUUACGAAUGACCUUGUUUUAAUAGAAGUAGUUGAACGUGAUUUUAACGUGUUUGCUGUAACAACAUAGAACAUAGAUGUUGUCAGUUCAAGCUUUGCAUUGUUUUCUUUCAAGUGAUUUGAACAAUUAAAUAAUUCCCUCUACCCCAACUCCAGUUUGAUUAGUCUUGGGACACAGUACCCUUGAGAUUGCUGAGGCAAACAGCAUAUAGAAACAAUAACGCAGAUCUUCAAAAUUAUUAAAGAACUGUUCAACAAAACUAGGGACUGAAUCAUAAAUUAGCAUUAUUUGAAAAGAAAACAUAUUACUCAGAGAGAAUAAUCCUGUUAAAAUAUUUAUGUAUCAGCUAAUGCAUAAAUGGCAAUCAUGUGUAAUCCCCUAUUUCAGAGAGUAGUAGGGAAAAUGGUCCCUAAAACUUGAUGUUUUUUUUUUCUUUCGCUGCGGAGCCAGUUUGUGAAUUUCGUUUCGCAGCACUGAUUCCAAGUCGAAGCCUUCGCUGCCCGAGGUACGUUCAUUUUAGACCCGGAGAGCUGAGGCCCUUUGACAUCCCACUGUUUGUUUGAUAAACGCUAAACAAUGGAAAGAGAAUUGAAAGAAGGUUUUGGGCGAUGGAAAGUUAUGCGUACAAAAUCAGGCGUGCGUGACAAUCAGUAGUGUGUGACAAGACAAAUAUCGAAUACCUAUUAGCACUAGCAGUUCAGACUCAAAUUUUACGACGAAACUCGUACUUAAUUAAAGGAAAUGUUAUCUUCUGAAACGAUCUUGAAAACAAAAUGCAAGGCAAUUGUUUUGAAUUCUCCCCGUCACGCAACAGUAGUAAAUUGGACUAUAGCGGUCCAAAGUCCGUGGCCAAGGUUAGGGCUGCACAUGCCUUGACAUUUUUUCAAAAUACCGUCAAUCUGAUGACUCUGGUCCUUCGCCUAAUAAUAGUCCAUGUAUUAAGCUUAUUAAAGAAAAUUUGUUGAAAGCUUCUCAAUCCUUGUUUUGAUCUGUAGCCAGUUAGCACCCAGACUCCUUCCAAAGCGAACCGUCAACAAGAUCGCGUCUUUACUCCUGUUUCACCGCCUUGUUAUCACAACACGAAACAAUAGCCAUUGUGAAUCUUAGCAUGCAAUGCUAGAUUUCCUACAUGGCUAUAUCUGGAGUUUCCAAGACGUUAAUACACUGUUGUUUUGUUGAUAACUCGUAAAAAUAUCGGUCGAUCAUUUGCUAUUGUUCCGAUAUGGUUAUAUAAUUGUCAGUGGAACAAAGAAAACUGUCGAGAUGUCAAUAGCAAGUUCAAAGAGCUGAAAUUCGAUCCUCGCGUGCAUGAGAUUUUUUCGCAGUUUACCUUCAUUUUGGACCUAUUGUGAUCAGUUUGUGAUGACCAUAAGAUUCUCGGUCCAUUUAUCAACGAUGAGUGUAUUCGACCAUUUUAUAAUAUUCCUGGUUCUUGUCACUGCUUGUUUUUUUCCCGACUUUGCAAGUUCGAACUGUUCUAAGAACGCCGACUGUCGGAAGGAAGAGAUUUGCUGUGCUGGUUUAACAUGUCGCCCUGUAGAAAAAUGUCAAUCUUGUCUCAUCCAUAACCAUUGUCCUGAAGGCGAGAAAUGCGUUAACGCACACUGCACGUCAGAAUCCUGUUCGUACGAUAGAGACUGUUACAACAAUACCGAGCAACAUUUCAAGUGUUGUCAGGGAAGAUGUACUAAAAAUUCGUGUUCUUCUCCCACUCCCACAACACAAUCAACAACUGCUCGAACAUCAUGCAUCAGUUGGAGAGAUUGCUCUCACGGAGAACAGUGCGAGCGGGGGAGUUGCGAGAAAACUUCAAAUGUGAUGCUUACAAAGGCGGGAUUUCUUUCCGCGGCCAUUUUGACGGGGUCAGUUUUCUUGCUCAUUCUUUGUUGUUGUUUUGUGAGAGAGAGCAAGUACAGCAGGCAGAGAUACAUCGAACGACAACGACGAAGAUCCAGGAGCAGAAGCAGAAGACGACGCUCGACGCAGCAGUUACGUGCUAGAUCUAGCACUACAACAAUAGCUGUGGAAAACAGGGCGUUUAGUAUAGACGAUUGUAACGCUUGUGAAGGGGAUCACCACAUACCGCCCCCAGUGUAUCCCACAGAAUCAGCCACAACAGAUGGGGUGGAUUUCCAUGGGGAGCCAGCUCCUGUUACACCACCCCCUUAUUAUACCUUGUCUUUUGAUCUCCCGCCAACGUAUGAAGAGUCACUUCAAAAUGACGAAAAUCGGGGUUCUUCAACUGAGGUAGCAUGAGAGCUGUCAGAAGAUUAAGGUUGCACUCCUUGACAGUUUUCAUGUGGUACUGUCGCAAUCUUCUGAUUUAUCAUUACAUGAAGUGGAAAUUGUUUCACUACCUUGCGUCCAGGAGAAAUGGUAGGAGUUUAAGUGUGCACACCUUGUGUGGAUCACCUUUGAAUUACAUGUUCCAGAACGUCUGUGUUCAAAAACAAUGACCAAGGAGCAGAAAAUUUAGUUAAGAACAGAAAUAGGCUGUCAGAUAAACCAAGGAUUUUUCACACAAGUCUUCUCUGCGAGAUACUUACUUGAAGCAAACUUUCCACUGCUGGAGUCAUGCAAAAUACACUUAUUUUGCUCUUAAGUAGUAUUUGAUUUUCUUAAACAGUGGCAAGGUGUUAAAAUAUUUCUGAGCUGAACUAAUUUCCUUUGUUGACACUUCGUGAGUUUGAGAAUGAAUAUCUAUUGCACUGUAUUUAUUGGUUAAAUUGUUCAGUUUUAACUGUACAUUUACUUAUGAUAAAAAUUAAUCAUACAAAGGUCUUUUGAGGGUCAGAAAUAUAGGUAAAAUUAUGUCCAUAAGUCAUGGUAGAUGUGCGAUAGAAUUGAAGGAAUUUAUUUAAUUUACUUGUUUCAUUUGAAGGUCGAAUUUUCUGAAAAGUGUACUCAGUCUUGCUCAUGAUAAAAAUGUCUCCACUCUAAAGAGAUUUUUAAAAAUACUUCAGUCAUCAAGGAAGAUCAACUUUUAAAUUCUCUUUACAAAAUCAAUACACUGACAAGCAGACAGGUAAUAAAAAAAAGAAAUGAUCAGCCAGGAGAUUUUGUACUGAUGUGCAACCAUAUUCUCAGAAGUAACAUUAAAAGAAAUGUAUAGUUUUCAGUAGGGAGAGAUAAUGUCAUGAGCCUGGACACUCCAUGCUGUGCUCAUGUACAACUGUCCUGUUAAUAUCAGUGUAUAGUAGCUGAUCUUGUCUGCUUUAUAGCGCUAUACUGUUGUUUAUUAUAUGACUCAGAAAAUUACUUCAUUGUGAUUGGCUGAGAGCAGACCAAUUUAUCAUUAACUUUAAAUUUGCACUGCAUUGCAAAUUAACAUGUGCACAUGUUCAUAAUUUUCUCAGUUAUAUAAUGAAUGAGUAAUCGUAGGAAAGUUCGAGUAAUUAAGGAUUUACACGACUCAUGAUAUUUGAAAAUUCUUUCAAAUUGCCCCCCUCCCCCCAUCCAACCUAAAGGCUUGUGCAAUUUUUAGAAAUUGUUAAAUAUUACUUGUACUGUAAAUCCCUAGUAAUGCACUAGGAUUCAUAUAAUUACCUUAACAUAUCAAAGUGUAAAUAAAUAUUUUUAACAGAAGAAAGAUCGAGAAAAAAUUUUUAAAGACAACUCAAAAUUUUUAUACUGUGCAUACUCACUGGAAAGUGAAUAAAAAGAUGAUGAUA